AUGGCAACGCCUCAGCAUCAAGAACUCGCAGCUAUUUACGAUAGCGAAAUUGAUGCGCACUUCGCCGAGAUACUUCGUUUGCGUAAAAAGCGCAAUGCCGACUGCAGUGCUACGAGGAAGCUGCCCCCGGAGAUUUUGGCCCAGAUCUUUGGCAUCGUGGUAUACAGUGCUAGGGGCGUCUCUGACUAUCCAUUAUCGUGGGUGGCCAUCACGUACGUUUGCAGCAGCUGGCGCAACGUCGCAUUGGACGAACCUAGCCUGUGGACCGAUUUCACCAAUGUCCAUCUCAAGUGGGUCCGGGAAGUUUUCGCUAGGUCCAAAGCAGCGACGUUGCGCGUGCGGGUCGGCGGCUAUAGUAUGGACUCAAGGCGCCGAUUUCGAUUCCUUAUAGAAGACAUGAACGCAGCCCCAGAGCGGCUCAAGGCCUUGGAGGUUGAAUCCAAUAGUUCAUUCCUCGCCCUGCUCAACAAACCGACCCCUUUCUUGGAGGCUCUCACUGUAAAUGCAGCAGAAGUAACAUUUCCCUCCGACUUCCUUGGUGGGUGUGCACCACGACUACACUAUGUGAAAUCCUGCGCGAGCUUGCCUGCAGACGCGAGUUGGUUGGCAAACUUGACGAGCUUGGAAUGUCAAGGGAUGCUGUGUCUCGAGGCGACCUGGUUUUCGCACGUGACGUCUCUUCAACUAGGUGUGGGUUGGGACGGCACGGAUGCAUCAACGGGGAAAGCGCGGCCUGUUAGCAUGGAUGUCCUCCUCACAAUGCUAGAGAACAUGCCGUUGCUGGAGCGCCUCUCCCUCUCUCCUCCCAAUAACUUCGAUCCUGCCCCCUCCACUCGGUCUACACCGGUCGACCUUCAUCACUUGCACGACAUCACCGCUUGGUUUGGUGGCGAACCGAAUUUGGCCAAAAUCUUCAACCAUCUUCGUGCGGACGACAUCCACAGAAUAUGCACCUACUGGCCACACAGCAGUACUAAGACAACCACAUUCAUCAAAUAUGUGUGCCACUUCUUUGAAACGUGCUAUCAUGGCAUCAAUCCUUCAAUGGUACAGCGGACCGAUGCGGGACUAGAAAUAUACAAGGUCCUCAACUCCACUGGUGCCUCCACUCCCGUCCUAUCACUCAAGAAUUUCGAUCCCUCCGAUUUGCAACGCUUCAUGAAACUCCUCCCCCGCUGUGUCCCCCGUACUUACUCGAUCCGUCGAUCAUACUAUGAAUACAUUCCUGCGCAGGCGCUCGGGCUCACCGAUUGCAAUACUAUUGAAGAACUCCUUCUCACAAAUCGCCUCUUAGUGUCUUGUUUCCUUGCAUUACCGGCGGACGAUGUAAAUGCGAUACCUUAUCCGUCUCUUCGCCUCAUCCGUAUAGAAGGCCUCGAUUUCACCUCGAAGCCCCAACUGACUUCCCAUCUAAAACGAUGGCUUGAACGGCGAGCGGUCGUUUCUAAAAUCGACAAUCUUGCCUUCGAGGACUGCAAACUUUCGGACGAGGAUAUUGAGUCUCUUAGGGAGGUAGUCCACGUUAGCUCUUGUUGA